AACAGCGGUUUGUUUUUCGGAGCGUUCCUGAGGUGGAGAACGGUGGCCGGACGGAGCGACUGCGGAGCUGAGGGACUGGCGGGCGGCCGGGCUGGGCCGAGGCGCGGAGCUUCGGGGAUGUAGCGGGCCACCCUGCCCAUGCCACAGCGCCCGGCUGCGGGCGGAGCCGGAGCCGGAGCCUGGGGAGGCGGCGGGGGCCCCGAGCGCAGCCUGCGCCCCCCGCGCGGAGCCAGGCCCGCUGCCGUCCCCGCCGCCCGCGCCCCCGGCAUGCAGCCCCGGCUGCGGAGGUGACAGUCCUGGGCCCGAGCUGCCGCCGCCGCCGCCGCUGUCGCCACCAUGGACGAACAGGAGGCAUUGGACUCAAUCAUGAAGGAUCUGGUGGCCCUCCAGAUGAGCCGACGUCCCCGGCUACCUGGAUAUGAGACCAUGAAGAACAAAGAAAUGGGUCACCCAAAUAGGCAGAAAAAACACAACAGCAGCAACUCAGCCCUACUGAACAGUCCCACAGUAACAACAAGCUCAUGUGCAGGGGCCAGUGAGAAAAAGAAAUUUUUGAGUGACGUCAGGAUCAAGUUUGAGUACAACGGAGAGAGGCGAAUCAUACCAUUCAGCCGGCCUGUGAGAUUUGAAGAUGUGGAACAUAAGGUGGCGAAAGUAUUUGAGCAGCCUCUCGAUCUACAUUACAUGAACAAUGAGCUCUCCAUCCUGCUGAAAAACCAAGAUGAUCUUGAUAAAGCAAUUGACAUUUUGGACAGAAGCUCAAGCAUGAAAAGCCUUAGGAUAUUGUUGCUGUCUCAGGACAGAAACCAUACCAGUUCUUCUCCCCACUCUGGGGUGUCCAGGCACAUGCGGAUCAAGGCAUCCCAGUCUGCAGGGGACAUAAAUACCAUCUACCAGCCCCCUGAGCCCAGAAGCAGGCACCUCUCUGUCAGCUCCCAGAACCCUGGCCGAAGCUCACCGCCCCCUGGCUAUGUGCCUGAGCGCCAGCAGCACAUCGCCCGGCAGGGGUCCUACACCAGCAUCAACAGUGAGGGGGAGUUCAUCCCAGAGACCAGUGAGCAAUGUAUACUGGAUCCCCUGAGCAGUGCUGAAAAUUCCUUGUCAGGAAGCUGCCAAUCCUUGGACAGGUCAGCAGACAGCCCAUCCUUCCGGAAGUCACGAAUGUCCCGAGCCCAGAGCUUCCCAGACAACAGGCAGGAGUACUCGGAUCGGGAAACUCAGCUCUGUGACAAAGGAGUCAAAGGUGGAACCUACCCCCGGCGCUACCAUGUGUCUGUGCACCACAAGGACUACAGCGAUGGCAGAAGGACAUUUCCACGAAUACGGCGUCAUCAAGGCAACUUAUUCACCCUGGUACCCUCCAGCCGCUCUCUGAGCACAAAUGGCGAGAACCUGGGUCUGGCUGUGCAGUACCUGGACCCCCGCGGGCGCUUGCGAAGUGCAGACAGCGAGAAUGCCCUCUCUGUGCAGGAGAGGAAUGUGCCGACCAAGUCUCCUAGUGCCCCCAUCAAUUGGCGCCGGGGGAAGCUCCUGGGCCAGGGUGCCUUCGGCCGGGUCUAUUUGUGCUAUGACGUGGACACGGGCCGUGAACUUGCUUCUAAGCAAGUCCAAUUUGACCCAGACAGUCCUGAGACAAGCAAGGAGGUGAGUGCUCUGGAAUGUGAAAUCCAGUUGCUGAAGAACUUGCAACAUGAACGCAUCGUACAGUACUAUGGCUGCCUGCGGGACCGUGCUGAGAAGACUCUGACCAUCUUCAUGGAGUACAUGCCAGGGGGCUCAGUGAAAGACCAGCUGAAGGCCUAUGGAGCUCUGACAGAGAGUGUGACCCGGAAGUACACCCGGCAGAUCCUGGAGGGCAUGUCUUACCUGCACAGCAACAUGAUCGUUCACCGGGACAUCAAGGGAGCCAACAUCCUCCGAGACUCUGCUGGGAAUGUGAAGCUGGGGGACUUUGGGGCCAGCAAGCGCCUGCAGACCAUCUGCAUGUCAGGGACGGGCAUGCGCUCAGUCACCGGCACGCCAUACUGGAUGAGCCCUGAGGUGAUCAGUGGUGAGGGCUACGGAAGGAAGGCAGAUGUCUGGAGCCUGGGCUGCACUGUGGUGGAGAUGCUGACAGAGAAACCACCUUGGGCGGAGUAUGAAGCCAUGGCCGCCAUUUUCAAGAUUGCUACCCAGCCCACCAAUCCUCAGCUGCCCUCCCAUAUCUCUGAACAUGGUCGGGACUUCCUAAGGCGCAUUUUUGUGGAGGCCCGCCAGAGACCGUCGGCUGAGGAGCUGCUCACACACCACUUUGCACAGCUCGUGUACUGAGCUCUCAAGGCCACGCUGCUGCCAGCUGCCCCCUGCUGCAGAGGCAAGGGGCUGCUGGGGGCUCAGCAAAGUUGCUGCUUCUCCCAGGCAAGGCUGUGGAUCCUAGAGCUGCAGUCCAGCCAGUGUUUGUGCCCCUUCUGCCACUGGGGCUCAGAGCCGGGAUGGGGGCACUGCAGCCUUAAGGACUGGGAGCCCCAGCCUGCCAUAGCAGAGGGUGGCAGUGUCCUAGGCUCAGUGUGGAGGGGAAGCGACCAUGGGCUCCCUUCUCGGGGUUGUGUCUUGACACUGCAGUCAGCACCAAGGCCCAGUGUGCCUGGGGGCCUAGGAUUGGAGCAGGGUAUGAAUAGUGUUAUUUUCAUUCAGAGUGUUAUUUCGUGUUGCCUCCCAAAUGUGGUCUGGAGACCAGCAUGGCGUCUCGGGUGGGAUGAGCCCACUCAAGCCUGAGGUAAAGCCCAGCAUUCCCCCAUCCAAUCGAGGACAGAGGCCAGGCUGCCCUCUCCCUCAGAGCCCCCAGGCCAGCUUUGCCAGUCCUUGUCCUUUACCAAAGAUGAAUGAAGCAAAUGUUAUGCUGCCUUAUUCAGGGAAGGAGGAGCCUGUCCUGCCUGCCCUUGUGACCCUGCUCCCCCUCCCACCCCGGGAAGGGGCCUGAGAUUUGGAAUUGCCCCCUCUGAGCAGGGAGACCUAGUUUUGUCAAUGCAAUUCUCUCUGUUUUACAAGGUGGAGUCACUCUUAUGCUGUACCAGUUUCCCAACUGGAGACUUUGUGUGCCCUCUGGGCUCUGACUACUCCUGCUAUGGUCUUGGGCCUUAGGUUGGAUUGGAAGGAGCUGAAGGUAAUGGCCUUGUGCUCCUGGCCUGGCAUCUGUUCCCCCAUUGGAGCAGAAAGGAAGAUGGGUGACACGAUAAGGGCAUCUGAGCCAGGGCUGCCCUGAAUCCUGAAUGGGCAAUUUGGAUAGUUGAGGAUAUUGUGUCAGACUGGGCCAGAGCCCUCUCCAUCUGGUAACUGGGAAAGCCUGUGUGCUGUCAAGCAAUUGUGUCCCCAAACUGCCAGCUCUGUUCUUCCUUGGCCAGCCUUUCCCAUCCUCUUGAGGUCUCAGCCUCUUUCCCUUCUUGCCCCUUCUCUGGGGGAGGGGUGGCAACAGGGGUUGGGGAUAGUGUCUCCAAGCAGCUUAGAGUUGGACAUAUUUACCUCAGCCUGGGUGCUGGUCCUUUCUUCCGGCCCCUCCCCUCCAAAAUGUGCCUAUUGCUAAAGCUCCUCCCUCUCAACACCGUUUCCUUAGGAGUUGUCAUUAAAAAGGAAAAAAAAAAAAAAGCCAGUGCCCAGGGAUGGGCAUCUCCAGGGAGCUGGGGAUUGGCACCAGGCAGCUCAUUGCCAGCCAUGCCCACAUCCCAUGGGCACCAGAACAAGCCAAAGCCUUCGUUGUAUGUUGACAAUGCACUUUUAUGAAUGUAGUUUCUAUCGCUGUUUUUAGCCUUUUCACAUCAUGUAAUGUGAGGCCUUGUACUUGUUAAUUUAUAUCUCAGAUCAUAUUUGAUGGUUUUAUAUAUAUCAAUUCUAGACUGUUACAGGUGAUAAGAUGCCUCAAGAGAGAGAAGAGAAAAUGAAAGCAGCAGGUUUUGCAGAAAUGUGUGGUGCAUGGGCCAAUUAAUUGGGCCUGGGCCCCUCUGUUUCCACCCUCCUUUCCCCCAGGGGCCUGUCAGGCACUCCCAGCACUGCCCUCUGCAGACAGUGUGGACAUGCUCCUGCCUCCACCACCCCCUUGCUCAGGGUGGGGACUGGCCCCUCUUGACCAAGGCUGCCGUGUGGCAGCUUGGCCUCCCUACAACCUCUUCCUGAUGGCUGUAGCACCCCCACCCCUGUACCUGUUCCCGAGAGGAAACAGAGCAUGGUGCCAGCGCUGACAAGAUGAGACGACUCUGCGUGUCCCAGGUUCAGGCUCUCACAGAUCCCCACCCCCCUGGGGUCUUACCUCACAGGGAAUGUGUUUUAAAAACGAAUAUGUAAACAAGCCAACAAAAACUGCACUCCAAAAAAACCUGUUUUUUUUGUGUGUGUGUAUGCCAAAAACUGUGGACAUGCUAGUUCAGCAUCCUCAGGACCAAGCUAUUGCUUAAUUUUAAUUUAUUGUUUUUUAUUAAAUAAUCCAGAUGAAAAGUUGUGGGGCCCUAGGAUGGCCUGGACCCAAAGGUUCUGAAGGGUAGUUUCCUACCAGCCCCCAGGCUUGCUGUGGGAAGGGGCCAUGCUGCCGUUUUCUCAUUCCGUGGAGUGUGUCUGCCUUGGCCAACCCAGCACAGAGCAGCUGGGGCUGGGACAGUCCCCACUCUGCCAUCCCCCUGGCCCUCCUGCCCUCCCCCCAGCUCUGUCUGUGUCUGAAUUGUGGAUUGUGCAGAAGAACCUGCAGCCAUAGUUAUUUGACUAUACCUUGACCGAGGGCUUGCAGUGCAAAGCCAGGCCAGUGUCAUGCAUUACUUACAAUAAAAGGGAUCAUUUAUACUA